AGAAUAAUUUGCCUUAUUCUGAGAUAUGGGCUAUACUAAACAAAUUUGGGCCGAGAUGUUGCAGAAGGGUUUUGUCAGGCCCACCCAAACAAACUGUGCUAGUGGGCUAUAGUAGACCGCCAGAGGCGGAUGACGGCGGCGUUAUCCGACCGUACUAACGGAGUAUACAACCGCCGGCUGUCGGCUGAUAUUCUCCACAUUGACUAAUUUAACCCUUAUCUGACCAUUUCCUUUUCAACUCUCGUUGAGCCUCAAAACCGUAGAGAAAACUUUUCUCCUCUGUCGCGGCCAUGGAGGCUCUCUUCUCCGCCGUCCACUACUGGCUGGUGGAGCAUCCAGCCAUCACCCAAUACGAGUGGAAACAAGGCCACACAUUAGGCUCCUCACCACUUUUCCUCGCCGUCACAGUCACCGCCUACCUCGCCGUCACUCUCUCCCUCCACCGCUUCGCCUUCCUCCCGCCGCUCUCCGCCGUCGCCCUCCGCUUCAUCACCGCCGCGCACAACCUCAUCCUCUGCCUCCUCUCCCUCGUCAUGGCCGUCGGCUGCUCCCUCGCCGCCUUCCAUCAAAUGCCCAAUCGCGACUGGAGAUGGGCGGUCUGCUUCCCGGCCAAUCACACCCCCCCGCGCGGGCCCACAUUCUUCUGGGCCCACGUCUUCUAUUUCUCGAAGAUUCUGGAAUUUAUAGAUACCCUCCUGAUCGUCCUCGGUGGGUCCAGCUCCCGCUCCCGGCGGCUCUCCUUCCUCCACGUCUACCACCACGCCGUGGUGGUGGUCAUGUGCUACCUCUGGCUAUCGACGGCGCAGACUCUCCUCCCGGUGGCGCUUGUCACCAACGCGUCAGUUCACGUGCUAAUGUACGGCUAUUACUUGCUCUGCACCCUCGGCCGCCGUCCGCGGUGGAAGAGAUUGGUCACAGACUGUCAGAUUAUCCAGUUUGUCUUUAGCUUUAUGGUUUCGGGCUUGAUGCUGUAUUAUCACUUUACCGGGUCGGGUUGCUCCGGAAUACUGGGUUGGUGCUUCAAUGCUGUUUUCAAUGCUUCCCUUUUGGCACUAUUCCUAGACUUCCACUCCAAGAAUUAUCAUGCCAAGAAGAAAGAUCAUGAGAAGAAUAAAUAGUCAUGAUUUGUAGCAAUCAAUUAUUGUAUUUUGUCAAAAGAUUUGAUUUUUUUGUCAUUUUUUUUUAAUGACAAAAGAAACCCGUAG